UCAUUGAUUGGAACCAAGAGUUGGUUGGCUGGGUGCUGGCGUGUUGUGUCGGUGGUGACAACGCCGAUUCAUUUUCAUUUGGGUACCGUCUUGUGUUGUGUCAGUCUGCGAAGGGCUCAAGAUGGCCAGAAGGUAUGAUUCGAGAACCACCAUCUUUUCUCCAGAGGGGAGACUGUAUCAAGUCGAGUAUGCCAUGGAAGCCAUCGGUCACGCCGGCACAUGCCUCGGGAUCCGCACCCCAGAGGGAAUCGUUCUUGCAGCAGAGAAAAGAAACAUGAAUAAGCUUCUGGAUGAAGUGGUGUUCUCUGAGAAAAUCUACAAGCUCCAUGAAAACAUGGCUUGUAGUGUUGCUGGGAUCACUUCUGAUGCAAAUGUGCUGACAAAUGAACUGCGGCUGAUCUCUCAGCGAUACCUUCUUCAGUAUGGGGAGCCAAUACCCUGUGAGCAGUUGGUUACCAUGCUGUGUGACAUCAAGCAGUCAUAUACCCAGUUUGGAGGCAAGCGGCCAUUUGGUGUGUCAAUCCUUUACAUUGGGUGGGAUAAGCAUUAUGGAUACCAGCUGUAUCAGUCGGAUCCCAGCGGAAAUUACAGUGGCUGGAAAGCAACAUGCAUCGGAAGCAACAGUGCUGCAGCAGUUUCCAUCCUCAAGCAAGAUUACAAAGAGGACAUGUCAAUCAAGGAUGCCAUUAUGCUGGCAAUGAAGGUGAUGAGCAAGACCCUAGAUGUCACCAAGCUGGCUGCUGACAAAAUUGAGCUUGCUGUUCUGUCAAGGGAUCAGGGAAAGACCAGUUUGAAGAUUCUCCCAGAAGGGGAGGUGACAAGCUACAUCACUGUUCAUGAAAAGGAGGAAGCCAAGGCUGCAGAGAAGAAGAAAGAGAAGGAAAGCAAAACACCAUCCACGUGAGAGCCUGGAAAAGGAAGUGUGCUGGGCUCAGGCAAGUGAUUGUACACUCAUUUGCCUCCUUGUUCAAUGAAACUUGAAUAAACAUGAGAUGUGA